UUUUAUCAACAACAACAAACUAGAUGAUUGUCUGAAAAGUGAAAAGUAAAAUCAUUUUCAUUGGAAAUAUAUUUGAAUCUAUCAUGUAAUUAAAACGAAAUAAAAUAAUUACUCAUCCAUCGAUCAUCACGUUUCCUCUAGUAAGCUUCACAUAAUCAGAAUAAUGUCGGAAGUCACUAACUUACAGAACGUGAAACUCAUCCUAGAAAAGGAGGAUGAAAACCUCACCCUAUUCAAAGAACGGUUUGAACAGAGUCAGCAAAUCACUAGUAAUAUGAUCAACAUCCUAGAGAUGUUCGAGAAUCGGUUAUCUAAACUUGAAGAAACCAUUCUACCAUUAUACAGUGAAACUGAAAAUCUUCAAAGUUGUCAAAAAAAUAUUGAGAAAACCAUUUCGGCUUUGGAUCACGUAAUUGCAUACUAUAGCGUUAGUACAGAGGUAGAAAGUAUUAUUAGAGCUGGACCGAACGGAGCUGAAGGUUUGGAUAAUUUCUUGAACGCGUUGGAUCGGCUGAAACAAGCUCAAAUAUAUUUUGAAAAGAAUAACCCUCAGAGUGUUGAGUUGGAGAAUGUUUCAUCACUUUUUAACAGUGGUGGCGAUGCUUUGAGUCGUGAGUUCAAAGAAAUGAUUUUAAAACACAGCAGAGCUAUAGCACCGAUCACUUUACUAGAUCUUAUUGCCAAUGAUGAAGAGGUAACGGUUGAUGACUCUUCAUCGGUUGGAUCGUAUUCUCAUUUUCCUGAAAAUGUAGCCGGUGAUUUGAUUCGUAUCGCGAACUGGCUCAUGAACGAAUCUCGAGACGAAUACAUGAAUGUUUACGCUCGUAUUCGAGCUAAUGUUCUCAUGAAAUCAUUAAACAUGCUGAAAGAGCAUCAAAAAAGUGGAAGUGGUGGCAGUAUUCAAGGAGUCGCUGCUUCUCCUACAAUAAGACCAAAGUAUCAACGUGCAGACUCGUCCACUAGUCGUAAACCAUCGAAACGUUUGCAAAAUUUAUUCGAAAAGAAAGCUAAUAAAGUGGUACAAAGAGUAUCGCAAACAUUAGAAUACUCGACCGGAUUUAGUUUGGGAGCUCGUCGAAGUACUAUUCAUUUCGGUGAAAAUCGUGAAGACGUUAUCGACGAACAAGAGAUGGAAAAUUACUUAACCAUCGUUAUGGCUGUACAAAAACUAAUGCAGAACGAGUUAUCUCUGCUUUCAACUAUUAUACCGGUUCAGCAUCAACAUCAAGUAUUCCAGAUCAUUAUUCAAGAUGCUUUGGAUGCCGUUGUUCAAGACGGUGAAAAUAUUGCAAGUCGAGCUAAAAGAUGCGUGAAUAGGCACGAUUUCUCAACAGCGUUGGUUAUUUUUCCUAUUUUGAAACAUUUGUUGGAUAUGAAGCCGGAUUUCGAGAAGAUUAUCGAAAGUUGCGAUUUCAACGUUAGAACUCAGUUUGGAAAUGUAUUGAAUAAGCUUCAGAACACCGGAUCCAAAGUACUGGAAGAUUUCGUCGAACACGUUAAAAGUGAUUCGAACAUGUCACUUCCUCGAGAUGGUACCGUUUACCAGCUCACCAGCGAUGUGUUAUUCUUCUUAGAGCAGUUAUUAGACUACAUUGGUAUCAUUGGAACGGUUCUAGCUCAAGAUAACAUCUACACUAAUGCCUUGGCUACGAUCACAAUCGAUCCUAAACGUGGUCCUUUCGAUAAAAAUAAAGUUCUUUUGGGAAUUUAUAUCAAAAAAGUGCUAUCUCAACUCAACCUGACUCUCAUAAAUAAGAGCGAUUUGUAUUGCGAUGUAGCAGUAAAAGCUCUAUUCCGAUUGAAUAAUUGUAAUCACGUUUUGAAAAGUCUACAAAGAUGUUCGUUACUGGAAUUGGUUACUUUAUCAGAACCAGACUGCGAAGAAACUUAUUUCAAUUCCAUAACUACUCAUAAAAAAACUUAUCAACAGUGUUGGAGUCGAGUACUGAGUUUCAUUUGUGAUAUGGAAGAUAUUCAAGUAUACUACGGUAAAUUGAAAGACAAGGAGAAGACUACGUUGAAAGAACGAUUUUCUGGAUUCAAUAAAGAAAUCGAAGAAAUAUCCAAACUCCAACGAGGAUAUUCUGUUCCUGAUUUCGAACUAAGGGAAGGUCUAAAAAGAGACAAUAAAGAGUACAUUUUACCGAAGUAUAAUCUAUUCUACGACAGAUACGCUCAUCUUCCAUUCGCCAAGAAUUUAGAGAAAUACGUGAAAUAUACGCCGGAGCAAGUAGCGGCUAUGAUGGAUAGAUUUUUCGAUAUAGCUGCUUGAAACGAUGAGUUUUAUGUUCGUUGAUUAUUCGUAAUCGUUUUAUUAUUCAUGUUGAACGUUUAUAUUUUUAUUGUUGUUAUCGAAUAUUAUUUUAUAUCAUUUUAUAUAUGUACCUUGUAUCGUUUUCAUUUAUAUCUAAUUUAUUAAAUAAUCGUUCUUCUUUUCAA